AUGAUAGUCCCCAUUAUUUUCGCCAUAUUCGUGUUACAAGCACAUCUUUGGCGCAUGGUAGUGACGGAAUUUGAAGACCUAAACCAAAACUGGGGACCGCAUACGUAUGAAGAAGAUUCAGAAAACAAUAGACCGCUUUCGUUAGUUGUUAUCAGAAAAAAUUACACACAAUCUAGGCCAGUACCUUCUGUUGAGCAUGGGAAUCCUCCAGCCGACAAAGCCCAAAAUAAUCAAGGCCGCAAGCCCACUGACUGCGACGUUGCCACUUUAACUUGUUGUACAGUUCCUGUACUAUCAGCAGGUUAUGAAUGCCCUUUAAGGCAUGGUUGUACAAUGGCUAACAAUGAAAUUUGUAGUGCCAAAAACCUUUUGGAAGUAAUUCAAAAGUUUCAGAACCACUAUGGACAAUAA